AUGACUUCCUCCGCAACCCAGGUGGCCGUGAGCCAGGUCCCAGAUUUCCCAAAUGAAAUCUUCCUGCUUAUCAUCCAAACAUGUCCGCGAGCUACCUUGAAACAGCUGCGCUUGGUGUCUAAGAAUCUCGCUCAUAUGGUUGAACCAUAUCUCUGGCGCAAAGUGGUUCUGGUUCCAAACGACCAUUGUAUCCUGGGCCUUUACAAAGCGCUGAAGCGCUCAAAGAUCCCCCGUCAUAUCACUACUCUGACCUAUGAUGGCCGCUUUGGCUCUUUCUUCCACUGCAUCAAGGGAGUUCCGCCUGACCCAACUCUCCCAUUCCCCAAGGAGGAACAGCACAAAGAGAUGGCCUUGCUAGACCGCACCUGCUCCGGACAUUUCAAACCUUAUGAAGAGGCCUCUAUCGAAGUUGCCAUCCUCUCUAGGGCUUUACGAAUCCUCCCAAACCUGCAGGCGGUUCGCGUCAAAGACCACGAAGAUGGAUCCCCUAUUACGGCGGACAAGGUUCCCUCCUUCUAUCUCAAGUUUUGCAAACGCCUGAGAGUCAACCCAAAGGCGGUCAACUGGAGUUCCAUGGCGGGAACUUCCGGCAGAUCGUACACAAAAGGAUUCCUCACCGCCGCCUUCUCUGCUGGCUGCCACCUUCAGAUCUUCAAGGCCAAAAAUAUAGAUGGCCGCUCCAUGUUUGGAGUGGUGCCCAUCAAGGCGCCCGCAGCAUUCCAGCAACUUCGCAUCUGUCGAACUAUCACGGAGAACCUCCGCACCUUGGAGCUCUCGUUCCGUAACGACACACUGAUUAGUACCGCCAAUCAUAUUGAAGCAGUCCGCUCUCUUUUAGAGGGCGCUUCGAGAAUCAAGACGCUGAAGCUGCGGCUGACGGAUUGCAGUGCCAGUCGUUUCCAGUAUGCCGAGGAUGACUUGACUUCGGAUUUUACUGGACUUCUGGAAACCUCCGCUGGGACAUGGACGUCGACGCCUCUUGUCCCCAGAUUAGAAACCUUGAUCGUCGACGCCUGCAUCUGCCACGAUGAAGACCUCAUUCACUUCUUGAAGAUCCACGCCGCCACCCUGCGACGCUUGGAGUUGUCGAAUGUGACCCUCCUCGGUGGUGAAGAUCGUCGGGAAUGCUGGGUUCGCCUGAUCAAGCACUUAAAGACAGAUCUAAAACUCACUUCGGUUGCUUUCAGCGGAUGGCUCAGUAAUGGGGGAAGGCAACAAUGGUUCGUUGCAAAGGACACUGUGGGCACAGACAGGUUGAAGGCUAAAGUUGAAGCCUAUGUUACUGACCGACGGAUUCGAGAAUGCCCCCUCGAAUCCAUCGCCAUUCAACCAAAUCAAGGGGACGUUGUGCAGCCAGCAAAUGGAGAAGAGUUUGAAGGGGACUUGACCUGGACCAUGAUCUACUCCAGUCAUUCCGGAGACCAUAUGGAUUGGCAGCUGAUCCAGCCAUCAUUCGGCGUCCAUUCAAAUGAGGUAUCCCAACCACCAUCAGAGCCUGGUGAUGUCAAUUCGCUAGAGCAAACGAAUUCUGAUGGCUGGACAGGGCAAACUGGUGAGCAACUAGACGACUCGGAACAGGACGAGCCUCAGCUUUCCUUUGGGACAGCCGGCGUCACAAAUUUGCCGCACGGGGAUCCCUUCACGCACCAAUCUUCAACGCAUACAACAUCCACGCUCACAUUUUACAAAUCCGGUCAGUCUGUCUCAGCGGCUUGGAAUCCUCUCGCCCCGGCUCUCGAGUUCUUGUUCAAGCUCCCCCUCAAUAAAUGA